AUGGAGUCUCGCUGUGCGUGCUGCGCUGUGACGGAUGCAGAGACAGACGCUGCGACCACAGGCGCAAAGACAGAGAACUUGGAGAUGCCGUCCUUCGAACCCAGAGAUGUCGGCAGUGCCGAGCAGCUGAUGCUGAGCCGCAUGCCAGCGGGGCACAUGAUCACGACGCACACCUCCUUGGCCUUGUUGGAGGGACAGGUAGACGUCGAGCGGCUCAAGAAGGCUCUUUCUUGGGCGAUUCUGCGGCACCCCAUGAUGCGAGCGACAGCACGUGAACCAACGGUGCUCGGCAAAGACACAGGACCCUUUUUUCACGGAGGCCAAGACGGCAGGUGGCGCUGGGAGCCCACAGGUCUUGGCAAGGAAGAGCUCACCGAACGGGGCCUCAUGGUCGAGGAUGUAAGCGGCGACUUUGAUUCGAAGUGCAAAGAACACUUUGAGCAGUCCUUGGACAAGACAACCUUCGACUUUGAGAAUGGCCCGCUGUGGAAGCUCCGAUUGCUCCGCCAACCAGGUUUCCGAGGUCCCCGUGGCGGACGCAGCGCCUUGCUUUUCAGCUUCGUCCACUCCAUUGAUGACCAGAAGAGUGCCAACAUACUGCUGCACGAUCUCCUCUCCCAUAUGGAGGCCGCUGAAAAAGGCGACCCAAUUGAGGAUCCCAAGCCUGCAGCGUUGCCAGCUUCCCUGGAGGACGUUUUCCUUCAGGAUGAGCUGGACGUCCAGAAGUUGGCGGGAUAUGCUCUCUCACAGGCGAGUGCUGGCGCGGUGCCCUUCAUGAAAGUUCCUUCCGCGCUUCGUUCAGCGGAACGAAAUGUGCGGAAGAACUUCGGGCUCAAUCCGGCUCAGCCCGUCGCGCAGGAGAGGAACAUGACGGUACCUACAGCUGCCGCAGAAGGGAACGCCAAGCUGCUGAUGGCAGAGGCCGUCUCGUCGGAGAGCGACUUCUGGUCUGAAAGCCGCAAGAAUGUCGUGACCUUCCGAAGCCUACCUGCGCAACAUCUUUCACAACUGCGACAGCUGUGCAGAGAGAACAAUGUCACCAUGUCCAUGGCUGUGGCCGCAGCCGCAUUACUUGCCACCAGCGACAUCAGCAAUGACGAUAUGGACUUCGCAUACGAAGCUUAUCGUAUGCUGCUGGGGGUCGACAUGCGCCGGUUCGCCCCUGGCGGAGACUGGACGCGGGGAACCAUGGCCUAUGCCUCUGGCGCGCUGGACUUCACGCUGCGAUUGCUACCAAAGAGUGGCCAAGCUUAUGCUGCAGAGCAUGAAAAUGCGAGCAUACGUUCGAGAAUAGGAGGCGUUCCAUUCUGGGAUCUGGCGCGGGCAGCAGACUUGGCUGUGCGCGAGUGGGCAGAGAAAGGAUAUGCGGCUGAAUCCACGCGGCUUUUUGACAUCGGCAUUCGCCUUCUGCGAAUGGACAACAUUAUCCGGGAAACGGCCAAUGAUCCAAGUACUUUGGGUCGUGCCUACUCGGUCACUGUGUCCAACGCCGGGAUAUAUAGCCAGGGGCCUGACAAUGGCAGCUACGGUAGCCUUCGACUAGACAAGAUAUUUUUCGGGAUUUCUACAGCCAUCAGUGGAUCUUUGAUGUCGGCUUCUUGCCUGACAGUCAACGGAGACCUUCUGAUCACUGCUCACAGCGCAGCUCCUGUGGUCAACCGCUCGGACAUGGAGAUUUUUGCAGACUCGAUGAUCCGAUCGCUGAGCAUCGCUGCCAUGGAAACAGCGCCAAAAGCAAGUAUGGGGACUCCUCCUGUAGAGAACCCAAUCGAUCCUCGCGGCGGCUUGCCAUGGUACUAUUUGCUGGAGACACCGAAAGGCACCCUGCAAUGCCCCAAGUAUGAGGAUGUCAGGAGUCCAACUUUGCCUGCUUUCAACGUGGAUAAAUAUGUUGGAGUGUGGUAUGAGCUCGCCUUCCACGACAUCACGCAGUGCAACGGAUGUGGUUGUACUCGCUUCAAUAUGACACGACAUGGAAACAUCAUCGAAGACAUGUUUACAGUGACAUGUCCGUGGCCAUGGAAGAAGGGUGUUGAUGGACCGUGGCUUCCAGGGUACAAUGCGAAUGGAAAUAGGAGGAUGAACAUGUGGACAUGCAACAUGACCAUGUACUACAAGCCGGCGGAGCCGGGGGUCAUGUUGGAAACUGGGUUUGGUCAAGAGUUCGACAACAUGGUCCUGGAGAUUUGGAGCGAUCCAGAGAUCACUGCUGAGACUGGCUACGAAUACACCAGGGCCAUACAGUUCCAGUGCUUAGGUUCGGAGCAAGAUGGGAUCACUUUUACUGGUAUCAACUUUCUGUCCCGCAUACCCAUCGUCAAGUCAUCCAUGCUUCAAGAGAUGUUCAACCGGGCUCGGGCGCUGGGUCUGGAGCCCUAUGGCUCCAACGACAUGCACGUCGUGGAGCAUGCUGGGUGCAGAUACCCGCAGAGCACCGAUGAGACAUGGAUGGGAGAGCGUCCAGAGUGGCCUUUUCCCGUAUUCGCAGGCGAUUUCGGAGCUCAGAUCUGA